CUUUGAGACACGCAUUCCAUAUGCAAAUCAUCGAAAAGUUGAAUUUGUACAGAGUAUUCAUGCGUGUCGUACAUAAACGUUGCUGAAACCACAACAUAUCGUUCGGACAAAAUGUAUAUUCAACGAUGAGCGCGAAAUUCCACUAGAAUGUCCUUCGUAGUUUGGUAAAUUCGUCAACAAUGGAGCCUCAGGACAUAACAGAAACCAUACGGACGAGAACAGAUGAAAGAGAAGUGUCAAACAUCAGAACGUUUACAAAAUGGAUCAAUUCAAAACUUUCCGAGGUUCAACCGAAGGUAGAAAUCACCGAUCUCUUUGAAGAUUUACGUAAUGGUCACGUGUUGCUGACGCUCUUGGAAGUUCUGAAAAAUAAAAGACUGCCAAGGGAAAGAGGAAGAUUGCGCAUUCACCAUGUCAGCAACCUUGAAAUUGUUAUAAAAACUAUGGAAAAUGACAACAUAAAACUUCAUGGCAUCAGUGCACAAGCGAUUGCCGAUGGCAUUCAUAAAUCAACUCUUGGCCUCGUUUGGUCAAUCAUCUUGCAUUAUCAGGUGCAUGGUGCAAUGACGGGAGAAAGCUUUGAGCUGGAGACGCGGUCGAACGUUUCAGCUGGUGGUGGUUCUUCCUCAAAAAAGAAAUUGAAACCUAGCAAGGAAGCUGCUGUCGAAGAUAAGCUUUUACAUUGGGUGCAGAACGCUAUUGACGGCUAUGAUGACCUCAUCAAUGUGAAGGAUCUCACGAAGAGCUGGAGUGACGGAAGAGCUUUCAAUGUGUUGAUUCACGUGCACAGGAAUGACCUAAUAGACCUGGAGGAAGUUGAAAAAAUGAGCAACGACGGAAGACUAGAGAACGCAUUUUCUGUUGCUGAAGAUCAUCUAAACGUCCAGAAAUUGCUGGAACCUUCCGACGUCAAUCAGAAAAAUCCUGACAAAAAAUUAGUGAUGAUGUAUUUGUCGAGUCUAUACCAGUCCCUUCACCAUUAUGAGCACGUGAAACGAGGAAAGCGUCGGAAAGUUGAGGAGGAAGACUUGGUUGUAUCUCAGUCGGUCGAUGUUGAGUCUUCAAUUCCCGAGAUGCCAAGCGAUGCAUUUCUCAAGUUUAAAGACAAUCUCUCCGAGACGUCGGCGAAACUACAGUCUCUCGAAGACAGUUUGUUGCACUUGGAAGAUGAUUUCAAAAACCGAGGCGAUGUUGAUUUAUGGGAGAAAUUUAAAUUGGAGUACGAAGUUGUUGAAAACGAAAUGAAUCAACUCAAUGACGUUGGAUUAAAAGUUACCAAUGACAACAAUGUCCUGUCUUCUGAAAAGGACGAGAUACGCAGUGAUCUUAAGGCCAUCGAGAUUCGCUGGACUUCAAUCGGGAAAAACACAGCGAAAUUAGACCAAAGGAUGGCCAUAUUUCGUAGGGACGCGGGGGAAUGGCGCAAGCAAGCUGGCGUCUUUCUUGACUGGAUGGAUGAUAUGGACAAGAAAUUUGAUGCCAUUGAGGAAAUCAAAUCUGAAGAUGACAUAAGUGAGCUGGAUCGACAUGCAGAUGCUCUUAAAAAUAUGGUCCAGUUGAUCAAUGACGACCCUACGGCUCGAAAGACACUUGAAUUUGGCCGAGAAUUGAUAAAAAGCGAUGCUCUUUCCAGGAAAGAUCAGGUCAAAGUAAAAGAACAGUUGAUGGUCAUGGAAAAGGAUUUUAAUGAUUUAAAAGCUCGAGCUGAGAACGACGUUCAAAGGUUCAAUAGUAGCAUCAAAAUUCUGAAAGAAACUCAGUCGAGCACGAUUACCAAAUGGCGCAAGGAGGCUGAGACGAUGCGCAAUUGGUUGGUCAACAUAGAAAAUCAACUGGAACCUCUGAGUAGACCCGAUGUUAAAAAAGACAUCAAAAACAUCAAAGCAAAUUUUGAAAAAUGCGAGGUACUUCUUGAAACACUCAAAAAUGAUCAUCAACCACAGUCCAUAGUCGAGUAUGGGGAAAUGUUGAUGGACGAAAAAGCUUUGUCCAAAGAACAAAAACUUAAGAUGAAAAAGCAAUUGAAUGAAAUGAAAGGCGAAUGGAACUCGUUGACAGCAAAAUGCUCUAAGUUGAAGCAUCAACUGAAGACUGCACGCGAUCAAAGCGAAAUGGAAGGGAAGAAUAAAGUGGAAGAAUGGAACACAAACUUUGAACUUCUCUUAAGACAAAUGACCGAAGUUAAAAGUUCCAUCAGAAAAGUGAAGUCGCUCCCUGUCGUCGAGGAAAGAAGCAGGGCUUUCAAGGAUUGUGAAAAAGUCGCCGACAACAUCAGAGCUGAUUACGAAAAUGCCCUGGAGUGUGCUGAGGAAGUGAUAUCACGCGAGGACUGUCCCGAGUGGGAACGUUCACAGAUCAAUGAAGACGCCGACGUCUUGAAGAAAUCUUGGAAUGAUGUAAUGACAUUAAUGAGCGAAGAAUCUGAUAGCAUUGAUGGGUUGAUGUCCACUACAUCCGAUGACUAUCGUGAUAAAGUGAACGAAUGGUUUCAAAAGUAUGCCGAAAUGGACAAAUUGUUGCAAACGAUUGCUCCGAAAGUGGAAGGAAAUUUUACCAUGGGCGACACACUACCUGUUGUUGAAGAACAGAUUGCCGAGCAAGAGGAUUUGUUGAAUGAAGUGGCUAAUGUGCAUGAGAGUGUGGAGUAUUUACUGGUCAGCGGUGAAGAAGCUAUCAAGAACCCCGUUACACCUAAACCUGAUAAGAAUAAGCUUAAAAAAGAUAUCGCAAACUUACUUGAACGCUGGGAAAGCUUCAAUCAUAUUGUGAAUAGCAGAUUGCAGAGGCUUGAAGACAUGAAGAAACAUCUACAAGAAAAUUUUCAAAACAAAAUGAAUGAAUUUUCGGACAAGGCCAACUCGUUUGAGGGAUGGUUGACCAGAGAGGAAAAAAAAUUUCAAGCAAUGGGUGUGGUUGCGCCGAACCUUGAGGCCGCCAUGAAGCAAAAGCCGAAAAUUGAAGCUAUGAUGAAGGAAAUGAAACAAGAGGAGAAAAAGAUGAGAAAUAUGAUUCGAUUGGGUGAGGAAAUUCAAGCUGAUUCAGCUCUUUCCGAAGAAAACAACCUGAAACUGGGACAGGAGCUGAACGCACUCAAAAAUCGGUGGAAGUCUUUGGAAGAGAAGAUUAACUGGAGAAUGCAAAGGUUGAACGAAACUAUAUCAAAAUUGGAAUCGCAACAACAGGACAAGCUUGAAAAGUGGCAAGAAAAUGCUUCGCAGAUCUCUGAUUGGUUAGAUAAAGCUCAACUACGAUUGGCCGAACGUGGCGCAAUCGGCUCCGAUCUCAAGACAGUGAAUGCUCAAAAAGACGAAUUUCAGGGAUUUCUUCAAGAGUCUCUGGAUUUUCAACGUAAUAUCUAUAAUUUCACGGUGUUCAGCAAUAAUCUCCAAGCGGAUCCGUGCGUCAGUGAAGGAGAACGAAGCAAGGUGCAACAGAAGACGAAAUCGCUGAAUGACAGAUGGGACACAAUAGUAAAACAGAUAAAUAAUCAUCACAAUGCUCUUGAGGAGCAAUUGGAUGAUCUCGAAGACAAACAUAAAAGUGACUUAUUUGGCCAUUGGCAAGACAAAUUCUCGGCGUUUUCCGACUGGCUUGCAAACACGGAAAAUGCAGUGGAAGGUCUGAAAGAUAUCGCAGACAACGUGUUGCUUGUUCAGGAACAACAAGUAGAGACGCAAGAGUUGAUUUCUGAAUUGACGUCUAAAGAGCCAGAUAUCAAUGAAGUUUUCUCUAUUGCUCAAACAGUUAGCGAUGAUCCUCUGAUUGAAGAUAAUGAAGCAAGCUCUAUUGAAAAGCAAGCUAAUGAACUUUCCGGUAGAUGGGUUGCUUUGAACGAAACUCUUAAAGGAAGAUCUAACAGCUUGCAAAUUCGUGGUGUAGUGUUAAAUAAAGAAGAGCAACAACUGCUUCAUGAAUGGCAUAGGAACGUCGAACCCUUUAACAGUUGGCUUUCAAAAGUUGAAGACGAUGGUUCAAUGAUAGUGGAUGAUAGUGUCGACGUGAACGCGAUAAAGGAUUAUAGCAUUCGUGUCAAGACUCUAGAAAGUGAAAUCCAAGGUCGCAAACCUGUAUUAGAAGAGAUCGUAAAGUUAGGCGAACAACUGUUGUCAAAUACUGUGGUCCGAGAUGAAGAAAAGGUUCACAUUGCAGAAGAGAUGGAAAUUUUUGAGGAUCGUUGGUCGAAACUGAAUGUAAAGAUCCAUGAAAAUAAUAAAUGGGCAGACAUGAAGUUGAUGGAACUAGCGAAGAAAGAACGGGAAUCUCUUGAUGUUUGGAGGAGGAAUGUUGAUCCCUUUAUCGUUUGGUUAGAGGAAACUCAAGGGAAACUAGAUGCUAUACAAGAGACAUCCACUGAAUUAGAAAACCUGAAAGAAAAACAUUUAGCAUUACAAAGCAUCAAGCAAGAUGUCAUGGGUCACGAAGAAGCGCUGGCUCGUAUCAUCGCCAUUGUAGGUAAACUAACUAAAGACGAAAACGUAUCAGAAACGGAAAAGAUGAACGUCAAAGCGGAAAUGAGCAGAUUACAGGAAAAAUGGAAUCGUGCUCAAAAUAAUGUCCAUCUAAAAUAUCUAAGCGUUACAGAAUCAUUGAUGGAACUGGCGCAAAAAGAAAAGUUGACGCUUGAGGAAUGGAAGAAAUUGACCGAUCCGUUUAAAGAAUGGCUCGUCGAAGCCAAAGGAAGAUUUGAAAAUCUACAACAUGAAAAAGGAUACGACGCCGCACUUAUUAACCAAGAGAAAUUAACGGCUUUAUCGCAGGAAAUAAAUGAUCAUGAAUUAAACUACGAAAACAUUGCUCAACUCAAAGAUACAAUAAUUCAAGAUGAACAUUUGUCCGUUUCAUUUAAAGACAACAUUAGAAACGAGGCGGAUACUUUGGGCACCAAAUGGUUCGAACUUAAAGACAACGUGGCGUCACAAGGGGAAAGCGUGCAAAGCCAAAUUGUAUUUUUGGAUGUUUCUCAAAGAGAUCAACUAGAAAGAUGGAGAUUCAAGAGUCAAGCAUUGCGAGACAAACAUGUGAAGGUUAAAAGUGAUCUUCUUGAAUUUGAAAACAUGGCUUUGAAUUUGGAUGGAUUGAAGAAGAAGUUUACUGACUUAAAAAAAACUGAUGAUGAAAUCAAAGAAAAUCGUUCCGAAAUGGAAACUGUUUCGGCAUUUGCGUCCGAGAUCUUCAACGAUCCCAAUGUCGUUAAGAAUGAAAAGAGUCGAGUCAAGUCGGAAGCAGAUUCAAUGGACGAACAGCAGGGUGAACAAGAAAAAAUGUCUUCGGAAUAUCAUCGAAGAUUAGAGGAGAAAAUCCAAGAGAAAGAAGGACUGCAAUCAUCGAAAUAUGAAAAUUGGAAAAUUGCUACUCAACCUCUUCACGAAUGGCUUGAUGGUAUCGAAGAGGAUGCGAAAGACAUGGACACCAUUGGAAGUAACAUUGCUGAUGUGCAGAAACAAUGUGAUGGAUUAGAGAAACUUUCUAACGAGUUCAAGGACGGCGAGAGCGAUCUCUUUAAUAUUUUAAACAUGGGUGAAGAGUUGAGCAUCGAUUCUCAACUAUCUGAAGAUGUCCGUACCACUGUGAGACAAGAUAUCUCGUCUUUAAAGGAGAACCAUUCCAACAUCGCCGACUUAUUGAAAUCUCAACGUGAAAAGAUGAAAAGUCAUUAUAUGAAAUUACAACAACAUCAAGAGAAGAGUCUCAUUGAUUGGAACGAAAGAAAGACCUCAUUGGAUGCUCGAAUAAAGACGAUGGAUAAACGUACGGGACAGUGGCCGACAAUAGGGAAUACCAUGCAUGAAGUGGAAUCACAGAAUGCUAUUGUUAAGGCUAUCGAAACUGAUCUAGAAUCAAUGGAAUGGGAAUUGAACACCGUUUCUGAGUUUGGUGAGUCCUUGUGUGAAGAUGUUUCUAUUCUUGAUGCCAAAAAAGAGACAGUCCGCGAAGAAAUGACGACAAUGAAGAACGCUUUCGAUAAUUGUCAGAAAAAUGUCGUGGAUCGAAAAUCAAGAUUGGAGGCAAAGUUAGAGGAGUUACAGAAUGCCCAUAAAAGUGAGUUACUUGCGAAAUGGGAGAUGUCGCUCUUCAAAACCUCUUCUUGGAUAGAAAUUUGCGAAGAUUCCUUGGAUUUUGAUGAAGAGGACCAAAAAACUCUUUCAGAUGUCCGUAAACGAAUGGACGAAAUCGACGAUCUUUUAGAUAGUGUCGAUGGCUACAAAGAUCAAUACGAUUCGACCCUGGAUUGCGGAGAACUUGUUUUAAAAGAGCCUUCUAUUGAAUCGAACGAAAAGGAAAAAGUGGAAAAGGAUUUGAUAUCAUUGAAGGAAAGAUGGCGUGCUAUUGGCCAAAAUAUUGAGUCAAUAGUAUCAAGACUGGAGAAACAAGAGUCCAGUUUUAGCGAUGAACUGCAAGUGCGUUUAGCCAAAUGGCGUCAGGAGUAUGAGGUGACGAUGUUGUGGCGUGAAGAAGAAAAAAUGAAGUUGGAAGAAAUGGAAAAGGAUCAAGAUGAAAUGGGCUACGAUAGAGUUUAUGAAUCAACAAAGAUUUUAGAGGAAAUGCUCGAGAUGUUACCUUUGUACGAGAAUAAAGUCGAUAGUCUUACUGAGAAAAGUGACUUUUUAGUUCAAAAUUCAAAUGAAAGAGAAGCGCGUCAGAUCAGCAACGAUAUGCAGGCGUUGAAAAGCAAUAUAGGCUCUUUAAAGAUAAAGAUUGAAUCGAUGAAAUCAAGUUUUGUUGCUAAAGUGAGGGAAUUUGAUAACAUUCAUGGAUCGAAAUACUCUGACUGGAGUAGAAAAGACGAAAAAAUCGAAAGAAAGAUAAGCAACAUCGAAGAAAAAUGGAAAGAAAUUAAGUUUUUAGAGAAUUCAAAUGAAGAAGAGGUUAUCCAGCAUAGAGUCCAGUUAGAGGAUGUUGUAGCAGAUAUAAACAAUCUUCAACCAGAUUUUGAUCGUCAUUGUUCCUUGGGCCAUCAGCUAUCCAAAGAACCAGCUCUCAACUCUGAAUUAAGAACUUCCAUUGAAGAUAAAGUAGCUUCACAUGAAAACCGAUGGAAAUCCUUUGGAAUCUGCAAAAAGAUAUACAUGUUGCUACCGCGUAUAGAAGUGAUUGAACCUAUUGUCAAAGUUGAGGAGCGGCAAGUCGAAAGCAUGGCUGACAUGACCGCUUUUGAUGACUUGUUUGGGAGUGAUAGUGAUCGAGAGUUGAAGCAGUGGUAUGUUGAUUAUGAUGUCUCACUGACCUGGUGCAAUAAUACUCAAGAGAAGAUACAAGAUCUUUCUUCUCCGGAGGAGGAAAUAACGCUUGUGGAGGAACAGCACGAUGAAAUAGAGGAAUUGAUACAGUUACUGACAACGCACGAGAGUUCGAUGUCCAGAGUUUUGGAUAAAGGACAGUAUUUUCUUGAAAAUGUUGACACUUUGCGGAUAAGCAAGAACGAUCGAAUCAAAUUGGAUGGCGACUUAAAAAAGCUAAGAGAAAUAUGGGAUGAAAUACAGGAGAAUGCUUUUGAUAUUGAACGAAGUCUCAACAAACAUUUGAAUAAACUGAAGGAGUUCGAAGAUUGGCUCGAGAAAUCUGCUGCUCUGUCGCAAUGGCUCGAGAUGACGAAUAGCAAACUGGACUGUUGCUCCGAAGUAUCCGAUGAUGUUGACGAGCAGGAUAAACAAAGGACAUUUUUGCAGAAAUUUGUAACAGAGAAGAAAUCAAACGAAGAGAGUAUAAACGACGUACUCAAUCUCGGUCGAUACAUCGUUACAAAUCAGUUGAUUUUACGAGAAAAAUAUCAACACGUGAACGAUGAUGUUGUCAGGUUCAAAGAAUUGUGGAACAAGAUGCUCGUCAAAGCCGAUAUGUUUUGUAAAACAUUUGGCAUUCCUUUUACAUACAUCGAUAUGAACUUGGAUCCAUUGGCUCAAUGGAAGAAAAAAGUCGAGGAAAUUGAAAAAUGGAUUGUCGAGGCUCGAGAAAAAUUGCUUCUGAAAGACAUAAGAGAUUUCGCGGCAUUGAAAGCAUUGCCUGAGAUCGCCACAGAUAUCUCAAAAGGCAUCGAAAACUAUUGUUUACCACAGCUGGAUGAGCUUACGUCACGAGCACAAGAUAUUCUCAACGAAAACGAAGGAAAAGCAAAGAGUUAUAACGCGGAGGUGACGGCAACAAUUAGUAGAGUUUCCAAAGAGAUCCAGGAUCUGAGAACGUACACAGAAUCACAGAAAGUUCACGUGCGAAAUGAAACGCUGGCCUUCUUUACUCAGAAGUUGAAUGGCUCUGAAGCGAUGGUGGACCGCAUUCUCGAGGAUCUGAAAAAGUUGAGAACCGUUGAAGCAGAAGCGAAUGCUGUUCGAGAUCAAGUGAACUUAAUUAAGAAAUCCGAGGAAUAUCUCCAGGAGCAUUUGUUGCAAUUCGAGGAGUCUAAACGGCAAAUUAUCGAGAUGGAAGAUAAGGGCUACAUCUCUACGGAUGGUUUUGAAGGCACUUUGAAGGUCAAAUCCGCGGAAUUGGAGCCUCGUAUAUCGGCCGUAGAAAGGCAGUUUGCCGAUACCAAGAACAGACUCGCAAAAGGCGUCAUAACUUUCCACGGUCACCACAAGGAUGACGUAAAAAAAUGGCUGCGAUACUGCGAGAGAAAAAUGAACGAAAUCGAUAAUGACGUCGCCGACAUAAACCAAGUUUAUGAUGAAUAUUGCAAACUACAGGAACUGAGGCGCGAAAUUAGCAAAGGAGAGCAAAGUUAUCUGAAUACGCUCGAGUUAAACGAGAGAUUGAUAGCCGAGGCAAUGUUGAACGAUCAACAAGUGAACGAAUAUCAGGGUGAAAUGAUUUCGAUUGCAAAGUCAAGAAAUAAACUUCAGAGGCGACUUCAGGAGAAGAAUUCAAGAUUAUAUGCGAGACUUAUUGAAGGUUUAAAUCAGUUAUUGUCAAGCUCCAUUCACACGUUCGAAGAAGUUGAAACAACUGUUAGUCUCACUACACUGUCCGACGACUUCGACACCGCCACGGAGCAAAUGGAUGGUGCUAAGAAUGUUGCCGAAAGUGUAAGCAAGCUUGAAGCAAUUGCGACAGAGAACUUGGAACUGGCUUCAAAAAUUACCACGUGUGGUAUUCUUAUUUUAAAUGAAGAAGAUAAAGUGGAAGUGGAUGAGAAAAUUAAGAAAUUGAAGGAAUGGGCCAAUGAAAUAACUGGAAAAGCUCGGUCUGAAUUCAAUCGUAGUUUAUUCGACGACUACUUAGUACUGUUCCGCAAAGAGAUCGAUGAACGCAAGGCAUGGAUCACCAAUAGCGAGAACAGAAUGUCUUUAAACUAUUUGGAAAUUGCAACAUUAGAAGGUUUCGAAGAAGCACUUACCGAACACAAGCAAUUUGAGGAAGAAUUAUCACAGAAAAACAUGGCGAAAAUGGUGGACGCCUCCGACCGAGUUCCCGAACUUGAGAACAACCAUAAAGUAGACGUGAAAAACCUAGAAAGACGAUGGAAAAUUUUAAAGCAAUGGUCCGAUGAAUACUCAUUGGGAUUGCGCACUAUUAUAAAAGAAUGGAAGGAGAUCAGUCGAGAUCAGGAUUUGGUCAUUCAAUGGUUGGAUCCAAACGAAGAAAAACUGUCGAAAAUCUGCGAAAAAAUACAUUGGGCCAAUGUGGAAGCAUUAAAAAAGCAGAUUCAAGACUUGAAGAACAUUCAGUCCAAACUAGAAGACAAUGGACUCCUGUUGUCAAAUUCACACGUGAAGGGAAUGAUGUUAAUGAAAUUUUUAAGCGACGAAGCAGCUGCUUCUAAAGCUAUCGAUAACGAUCUUUCUCAGUUGGAUCGCAGGUGGAACAAAAUGGCAAAAGAUAUCAUUGCAAGAAUAGAGCUGCUUCGAAAUAUUCAAUUCAAACAAGCGGAUAUAGUUGACAAGAAAAGACGAGUGAAUACGUACAUUGACGAGACCAAUUCGGACUUGGACGAACACGAGACGAAGACGCAACGAUUGCGAGGUAACGUAUCCGACGAGAUGGAAAACGGAGAAACGGAAAAGGAAAGGAAGACGAGAUUAAAGAAAGAGAAAGAAGACAUGCAGGAGGACGUUAUUAAAUUGGUGAAAAGUCUUGAGGAAAAGAUUUCAAUGUUUGCUAAUUACCAGACUCUCGUCGAUCGCAUCAACCACGCCAGCAAAGAACUGGAAGACGUUGCCGAUGACGAAUCGAAACUGGAACUGCACGAUGACUUGGCUAAUUUCAACGCCAGGUGGCAAGUUAUCGUGACGAGACUCGAGGAAUAUUCAGAUAAUGAUUUACCGGACUCGAGCAUGCUGGGAUGUAUGGGCUUUGUAAAACGGAAAUUUAGCAGUUCGACGUUUUAAAGGCCGCGCAUGCGCUAUUUUUGCCUAUUUAUUUUAAAUCUAAAAACGAUUAAAUUUUUCGAUAUCUUGCGAGAUACGAAACUUCAAAAUGGAAGUUCGCCCUAAGCGCGGCGAUGUUUCUAGCUUUUAUCUAAUUGGGGUUGGAAUUUCGAUAUGUUGUAGAAUUUUUGUGGACUUUCUCCGUCCCCUUUAGCCUUAGCUUAGGUAUUGUUUCUGUGAAAUAUUUAUACAUUGUAGAGAAUUGAUGUUCUUGCAACAUAUAAUCACACUUUUCUAAAAUUUA